GCUGCCGCGCGGACAACGCGAACAGCCAGAGACGCCGAUCACAUUGCUUCUCGCAGUUGGUUUGCAGUUUGCACGCUCCUGUCAUCGCAGAGGUGAAGAAGAAGCACUUUUGUCGACUCGAACCGUCACUUUUACAGUUCUUCCCGGGGUGACUCUUGUCAAAUUCGCGAGUGAGUGAUUGAGAGAGAAAGAGGAUAACAGAGAAGAGAGCUUCUUCGUCAAUUUCUCCCAUCUCCCCUCUACAAUUCUAAAAAUUUGUCCCUUUGUUCGAGCGAGGAGGCACAAGCCACAGCAGGCCAUUCAUUGUCAGAGAGAGGCGUCUAGCUCUCAGUCUCGUCAACGAAACGAACGAAACGAACGAAACGCAGCCUCGAGAGUUCGGGUCGUCGACACCUGCUGUCUUCUUCUUGUUCUUCCUAUUCUCCUUGUUGUUGUUGUUUGUUGUUGAAAAGUUGUGCAAACUGUGUUAUUCAUGCUAAUGCAUAUUGUCUAAUAUUUAUAAAAACUGCACGCACGCAUAUGAAUGUGCACACAUCCUUGUGUGUGACUCGUGUCCGUGACUCGUGUCCGUGACCUUGGACUUGAAUGUCCAGUGCUCCCGGCGACGGAAAACGAGAUAAAGGAGACAGAUACGCCAGAGAUAUCGAAUGAGAAGGAUAAUAAUUUGUAAACAUAACAAAGGAGUGAAGCUGCUGUACGUGAGGAAGAACGCAAUCGAGGGUGGCGACUGCAGGAGAGUCGAUUUGUUCUAGGUGUAAGAACGGGUCCCGAGUGUCAGAAUCCUGGAAGUGGCCUGGCGUCCCAGGAUGUUUCCCUACACUACUUUUCCGACAGUCGGUGCCGGCAUGGAAGCAGCUGCAGCGGCGGCUGCUGCUGCCGCAGCCGCAGCGGCCAAUGGGUCAUCAAUCGAGCAUGAAUUCCACAACAGUCUAGUGCCAAUAAACGGUAGUCACUCAAGUAGCUCAGGAAGGAGCACACCAAAUGGCAGCGACCCGGCUCCGGGGAAAUUGUUCGUCGGGGGCCUUUCCUGGCAAACAAGCAGCGAAAAACUACGGGAGUAUUUCGGCAUGUUCGGAACAGUAACCGACGUGCUCAUCAUGAAGGACCCAGUCACACAGAGAAGCCGCGGUUUUGGCUUCAUUACCUUUGCGGAGCCAGGCAGCGUCGACAAGGUCCUCAAGUGCCCGAUUCACACUCUCGAUGGUAAGAAGAUUGAUCCCAAGCACGCGACGCCCAAGAAUCGUGCCAAACAAGCAAACCGCACCAAGAAAAUCUUUGUCGGUGGCGUCAGCCAGGAUACCAGCAGCGAAGAGGUCAAAGCGUACUUUAACCAGUUCGGCAAAGUCGAGGAGACGGUCAUGCUGAUGGACCAGCAGACCAAGAGGCAUCGAGGUUUUGGUUUUGUCACCUUCGAGAAUGAGGACGUCGUAGACAGGGUCUGCGAAAUACACUUCCACACCAUCAAGAACAAGAAAGUCGAGUGCAAAAAGGCUCAACCCAAAGAGGCGGUGCAGCCUGGAGCACUGGCCCUUGGCAAGCGAGUCGUUCUCGGCGCCCUUGGCGUUCGACUUGCUCCCCAACCGGCGCUUCCAGUAGCAGCGGCCACAGCCUCACAGAUCGUCGCUCACGCUCAAGCACAGGCUCAGGUACAAGCGGCGGCCGCAGCUGCCGCGGCGGCUCAAGUGCAAAAUGCCGUAGCGGGAUACGGAAAGCUCUUUGCUGGCUAUCCGGCAGCUCUUCAGGCCUACAGAUAUGCUCCCUAUCCCAUGCCAGCGUCCGCUGCGGCCGCCGCGGCUGCUGUUGCAGCAGCAGCUGCAGCUGGACAAGGCCAGCCCCCACCGCCGCCACCCAACGGAGGACAUGGGGGAGCCGGUGCCAAUUCUCAAGCUGCAGCCGCGGCGGCGGCCGCAGCGGCGGCAGGUCAGCCCCCCAAUCCCUAUCAAGGGUACUCGCUCACCAAUGUGGACAUGUCGAGCUUCCAAGGCGUCGAUUGGGGAUCCAUGUAUGGAAUGGGUAUGUACGUGUAGACCCAGCACGGAGGAUGGAAUUGCCGAUCUCAGCCAAACGAUCUGGCCACACCGCAAUCUAGCAUCCUCGAAGCCAAAUUAAAUUUCCCAUUCGUCUUUCCUUCCUUCCUUCCUUCCUUCCUUCCUGUAGAACUCAUUUAUCCCCAUUCCUAACUUAUUCUCCCCGACAAGAUCCCUAAUUGUUCAUAUAUACAUAUAUACAUACAUAGAUACAUACGUAUAUGUAUGCAUAUGUAUGACUGUUUAGUUUCCUUAUUGAUUAGUCGUUUAGUUCUAAUUUUCGUUUCUAAUUAGCGAUAAUCGCCUUCGGACCUAUGUGUGUCACAAAUAAAUACUCGAGCAUGUCUCCCUUCGGUUGAAUUAAAUUACAGAAGUAGCAGUAGCUUCGCCUCUCGAGUCUAGGUAGCGAAGGGGCCAGAGAUCGAUGCGGUAUUUUUUUCAAGUAACGAAAGACAAUAUUCUCUUCUAUUACUCAUAGUCUUUAGGUUAUAAGGUCAACGCGCGCGAUUCAAGUGACUUGUUACAGUGUUUGCGUCUAACGCCGAUUGAGUCUUUGCAGCUGAUUCUUUUUUGUCCAAGGGACGAAAAGUUGAAGUCAAGAUUAUUUGACUUGCAAAGGGAAAGAGGAGAUCAAGUUGGACCAUUUUUCGAUUUGAGUGCCUAAAAAUUCUUUGCUAUUGUUAGCAAGCAGUUGUUUGAAUUUGCAAACGAAAUUAGUAAUCAAGAAUGAAAACAGCAGAAAUUUUCUUUUCCCUUUGGAUAGUCGACUAGUAGUAGCAAGUAGUGAUAGCAGUAUUAGUAGUCGUAGCAGGUUUCGAUUCGAGGUAGCAGAACUGUACGUGCCUGUCGAUAUUUUUUUUUAUCGAAGACCAAGCUGCUGUUCUCGUCUGAAACGCAAUAGUGAGAAAAAACUGAGAAAAUCAAUCUGCAAAGGCUCUAAUCCGCGAGCAGGAUCAACAAAUAACCGUCACAGUGUACAUAUCGACUACCAUUCGACUCUUGUUACUUAAGCUCAGAGAAGAAGAAGAAGGGAAUUUGAGUAAACUCAAUAAUUCUAGUACUUAACGAUAAUACUCAAUCAAUAAGCACUCGACGGGAGAAAAGAGAAUUGAGAUUAGCUCAAUAAUUUAAGUCAGCGAAUAAGUUAGCACUUAAGCUAAGCGAAUGUACUGGUAAGGGUCGUCUCCACGAUCCAAACGUUGAUUUUUUUUUUUUU